UAUAAUCCAUUUCGGCUCGUUCGUAACCACCAACCCUCCCGCCGACUUCUAUGACCCUUUCGAAGCGCAGUGCCUGCAUCUCCAACGCAACACGCCGCACCACUCUUCGCCAAGCCGAUCUCUCUGCAUCUUUGAUUACGCUCUUUUUGCGCACGAAAAAAAUUAUUUUUUUUUUGUAACGGCUAGAAAAUGAGCACCAUAUCUUACAAGCCCCGCACGUCGAACAUCGUGCCUUCAGUCAACGCGAGCGUCAAGGAAAACGCCAAUCCAAACGUUGCGAUUUCGGGUGACGCCAAAACGAAACCAAAUAAUGCCGCGCAUGAGGCCGUUUCUGGUCUCGUCGGCCGUCCGUCUCUGCCCGUUUCUAGGAGAUCCCUGUUGCCACACCCACCCUCAAAGCUGGCACCUGCGCAGGUCUCGGCGCCUCCCAAGCGAGCGCCUGCACCAUCGAGAUUUGCUGGCAAAAUCCAAGUUCAGACGCCUUUUCGAAGCAAACCGUCGUCUGGACCCCUGACAACCACCGUCUCCAAACUCUCCAAUCACACCGCCUCCGGUCGCGCAUCCGUCAACAGAGCUUCGGGUUCGUUCCUCAAGCUCCCCGGCCAGGCCAUCGCCGCCAAUCUGAAGGACUUGAUGGAAUCCGCGCAAAAACUGAGUACUCAAGUCGACCAGAUUUCCAGCCGGCUUUACGACAAGGACGCCCAGCUAGAAGUCGUCUCCAAAGAGAAACCAAACCCGCAGGGUCGCGCGAACCCCUACGAAAAGCAGAUGCACAAAACGAAGUGCUUCCUGGACAGACUGGAACAGGAACUCUGGGGACUCAAAUGUCGCCACAAGGCCGAGCUGGACGGCCUCCAAUCCGCCCUGAACAGCACCCAAAGCAGCCUGCUGUCCUCCAAAGAAGCCCUGAAGAAAAAAGAAGAAUGCCUCAAGCAAAAGGACGAGUUCAUCGACGACAUGAAUGUAAAGCUCCACCGCAUGCUAGAGCAAAACAGCAACCUUCAAAACUCCGUCGUCAAGCUCGAGGAGGAAUCCCAUCGGCUCUCCUCGAUCGUAAUGACUCAAGAAGCCCAAAUAAAGGAACUCGAGGCUCAGUUGCUCGAGGACGAGCAAAUCCGACGCCAAAUGCACAACACCAUACAAGAACUAAAGGGAAAUAUUCGCGUGUAUUGUCGUGUACGUGGGUUGUUGCCUGAGGAGAAGAUGCCCUCUUCGAAGGACGACGCCAUCUACUACGUGUUCAACAAGUUCGAUUGCACCAGCUUUGAGAUCGUCCAGAAGCAGCAAAAGGACGUGACCGGGUGCAAGGCGGUUCCGGACAAGAGACACUUUUUCAAGUUCGACUACGUGUUUCAAAGCAACUCGACGCAGAAGAGCGUGUUCAGCGAAAUUUCCCAGCUGGUUCAGUCCGCGCUGGACGGCUAUCACGCCUGCAUCUUCGCGUACGGUCAGACUGGGUCUGGGAAGACCUACACGAUGGAGGGUCCGGAGGGCUCUAUGCUCAACGAGGAGACCGAGGGCAUGAUUUCUCGCGCCGUGAAGCAGAUCUUCGAGUCGAGCGACAAGCUGCGGGGCCGAGGGUGGUGCUUCGAGAUACAUGCCAGCUUUUUAGAAAUUUACAACGAAAACAUUCGCGACCUGCUAGAUCCAAAAAAUAGCGGUACAAAAAAAUGCGACGUGAAACACGAAGCGUCCACUGGCCAAACCAGCGUAUCGAACCUGUUGGUCGUGCAAGUCAAGACACCCGACCAAGUCUACGAGCUGCUGCGGACCGCGAGCAAAAACCGCAUGGUGGGCGCCACGCGUCUCAACCUUCACUCGUCGCGCAGUCACUGCGUCUUUCAGCUCAGGAUCGUCGGCAAAAAUGAAGUCACCGGCAACGCCAUCAACGGCUUGCUGAACAUGAUCGAUCUGGCCGGAUCCGAGCGAGUGGCUGCCUCCGGCGCCACAGGCGACCGCUUCACAGAAACUAAAUAUAUCAACAAGAGUUUGUGUUGUUUGAAAAACGUCAUUGCGGCUCUCGCCAACAAGGACAAGCACGUUCCGUUCCGCGACUCCAAACUCACCUACCUUCUUCAAAACUCUCUUGGGGGACAGUCUAAGACGCUCAUGUUUGUCAACAUUUCCCCGUCUCCUGAAAAUUUUAACGAAACCAUCAAUUCGCUUCGGUUCGCUUCCCAAGUCAACGCUUGCGAAAUUGGCACCGCGAAAAAAGUGGCCAGAGUCGACUUGAGCGACUAGAGCCUUCGGCAAGACGUAAGAUGUAUUGAAUAUUUUGCAAUGUAAAAUUUUUUUUUCCCCUGUCACCCGGAAACGCUCACUGGGGGGGGGGGCCCCGAGGGCGUUCUGCGCCGAAUGAGUCGCGCGAGAGCUCGGCGCUUUUGGAGAGAGAAGGGGGAGGUUCGGCGACGCACGUCGCGCGCGGAUGUUUCGGGAUGGGGCGCGUUGUGAAUGCGUUAGUGUGUGAUGCGCA